AUGUCUUCGAAGCCCCACAACGACCCCGCCUCUGAUGAGGAGCCCGAUGUCGUCGACAUGGAGGAAGUCGCCGAGGAGAUCCCAACAGAGAACGCGGAUGGGGACAUUGACAUGUCCGAGCCCGACGAUGACGAGGGGGAAGAGCUCCAACUCGUGAACGACUCGGUCGCAUACUUCGACUCCCACAAGGACUCCGUCUUUGCCAUCGCCCAACACCCCACGAACCCGAACAUCGUAGCUACCGGCGGCAGCGAGGGAGAUUCCGACGACGCCCCGGGCAAGGGAUACGUGUUUGUGGUCCCCGAGAUUGCGCAGAACGACGGACCAGUGCUGCCACCAAGUUUCGCCGCCGACCCGCAGGCCGCCGCGAGGGAGAUGGCCAGCCAGAAGGAGAACGUCCAGAUCCAGCCCGUCUUUGCGAUCGAUGGACACACAGACUCGAUCAACUCGUUGGCCUUCACAUUACCAAACGGAGAGUUCCUGGUUUCGGGCGGAAUGGAUGGGCGGCUGAAGGCGUACAAGGUCGACGCGUCAAAACCAAGCUUCACAUUCGUCGGCGAAAGCCAGGAAGUCCCCGAGAUAAACUGGUUGGCGCCGUGCCCCAGCACCGACUACCCCAACUCCAUCGCCCUCGGCGCCUCAGAUGGUUCCGUCUGGGUGUACACGAUCGACCCCUCGGAUGCCACAACUCCCCUCCAGAUCGUCCAGACCUUUUUCCUGCACACCUCGAGCUGCACGGCCGGCGCGUGGACACCCGACGGAAGCUUGCUUGCCACCGUGGACGAAGAGAGCAGUCUGUAUGUGUGGGACGUGUGGGGACUCGCGGCUGCCAAGGGCCACGUGAGUGACAACGGUCAGACCGUGGUGUCGCUCACGCCUACGGACCAGAGGUUCGCCGUGGAAGGCGGUCUCUUCUCUGUCGCCAUUGAGCCGAGAGGAGGGUACCUGGCCGUCGGCGGAGCUGGAGGAGCCAUCAGGAUCGUCGGCCUGCCAAGGCUCACGGACCAGACGGCUGGUGCCACAGCACAGGCAGGCUCGAAAUCAGCAAAGGCCAAGGGCGCCAAGGCAGGAGCAACCCGGGGUGCUGGUGCCGAGGCGCAGGCAGGUCAGAUCCUGGCAGCGUUACAAGUGCAGGCUGACGGUAUCGAAACUCUGGCGUUCGCUCCGGCUUCCGCAACGGUGCCGCUACUGGCUGCUGGCUCCGUGGAUGGCAGUAUCACAGUGUACGACCCAAGCCGGACAUUCUCUGUGCGGCGACACAUCCAGGGUGCGCACGACGAAUUCAGUGUCGUCAAGGUCGAAUGGGUGAAGCAGGCACACACGACAGGGCCGGCAGCAGCACAACAGCAGUGGUUGCUGACGAGUUGCGGUAUGGACGGCGUGGUGAGGAGAUGGAAUCUCCAGGGUGCGAACCCGACUCAACACGCUCCCAAUGCAACGGUCGCAGGUCUGGAAAAGGAGUGGAAGGGUCACCGGGGAGACGGUGAGGGUGGCGGCGUGUUGGGUUUUGUGCAGGGGCUUGAUGGCAAGAGGGUCGUCACGGCGGGUGAUGAUGGUAUUGUGCUGGUGUUCCAGGCAUAG